AUGGCCACCGCAUUUUCUUACGCCCAGGCCGCAAAAGGCGUUGCUUCAACGCAGCCAUCCAAGACACCGUCCGAGUCGACUACGCCACUGUCAAAGUCGGAAGAUCAGACCUCGGAAAGCUUCCAGACCAGCGCGGAUGUUGAGACCCCGAAGACGGACGUCGCCGCUGAUGUUGAUAACACAACCGAGAAGGAGGUGAGCGAGCCCAAGGCUGAAGCCUCCGAAACUGCUUCACCUGACGCCGCUACCGCGCAGACAUCCAUGACCUCAAAAGAGAGUGAGAAGUCCAGUACUCAAAAUGGCAUUUCGGAAUCUACCUGGGAUAAGCAAUCUCAAACUUCAGGGUCGGACAAGGAGAACGCUGCCGCCGAAGGCACUGAGGGAAAGUCUUCAGAGAAGAAGAAGAAGGAAAAGCCCGCUCCUAAAGAGCUCAAGCCAGCCGCUCUUCCCGCGGUGAACAUCUGGCAACAAAGGAAGGAGGCGCAAGAAGCUAAGGUCAAGGCUAACCCGGCCUCCAACGCUGCUGCCAAGGUUUCCAAGCCUACAUCUGAGACUUCUUCUGUAUCUGAGGAUAACCAGGACCAGCCGAAGACUGGCUCCAAGAAGAAGGGUGAUUCAUCGAAGAAGGGUGAUGGCGUCAAGGGACAAGAAAGCGCCCCCGUUCCUCCAGUUGCAGAUGCUGCUUUGUGGCCUACUCCCCAGGGCGCUCAGGGAGAGGAGAAAAAGAAAACGCAGGAAAAAUCGGAAAAGACCGAGAAAAGCCCAGUGAUUCGUCCCCAUGGCAAGGAGAAGUGGACACCGGUUCCUUACGUUCCGACUGCGGUCUUCAACACUCCUCUACCCUCCGCUGCGCGUCGGGGUGGGAGAAGCGCGCGCGGUGGGCGAGACACCACUCGCAACGGCUCCCACGGCGCCGGAGCUGCCGACAAGAGCUUCCCUAGCCAGGCGACCUCAGCUAAGCAAACCGCGGCUGCAGACCGGGGCAGGAAUGAGCCCAACUCUACCCGUGCGAACUCACUGCCUGCGCCAUCACGACGCUCCAAUAGCGCCGACAACGGUUCUACAGAUGCCCGCAAGACACAGGUGCCUGAUCGAACGCGUGGUCCCAAGGGAUUAGACAACGGCAAUACCGCGGCUGGUAAGCAGAUCAACGGCGAGGCUUUCUCGAGACAUGCCAAGCCCUUCCCCAAGAACCAUGAAGGCUUCCAGAAGGGAGGUGAUUAUGCUAAAAACCCCAACCUUUCGGUGGAUACCUACAACGGAGCUCGCUCCGGGCCUAACGAACGUCGUUUCGAGAAUGGACCAAAGUCUGCGGAUUUCGCCAACUUGCAUUCCGAUCGCAAGGACCGGGAGUUCACCCGGGAGCCCCGUGCUGAAAGAGGCAGAGGCUCGCACCGUGGACGAGGUGGUGGCCAUGCCGGGUACAAUGGCACCCAGACAUCACAUUUCCCCAACAACCACAUGGCUCCCCAAAGUUACAUGCACCCCAAGUCAUUCGGUUACAACGACCGCCGAGGCCCCCAGCAACAUGGCCUUGCCAAUGGCUCUCGCGGCCACGCCAUGACCAUGCGGUCCCCUUCAUUGCCCAAUUCUUCCUCUAUGUACAACAUGUAUCCGUCCUUCCCCGCCGAUAUGAACCCCAUGUAUGGCUACCAACAGGUGCAGCCUGGUCCCAUGUCGGCGAUACCAUUCCAACCGUACAUGGAAUCGUGGUCUGUGAUGAGCAUGAUCACGUUGCAGCUGGAUUAUUACUUCUCGGUUGAUAACUUGUGCAAGGAUAUCUACCUGCGUAAACACAUGGAUUCUCAGGGUUUCGUUGCAUUGAACUUCAUUGCGAACUUCAAGCGAGUCAAGCAACUGUCAGAGGACUUCGAGCUACUGCGCCACGCCUCGCGGCAAUUGAAGGCUGCUGAAUGCUUCACGGGUGACGAUGGCGUUGACAGGCUGCGGCCGCGGGAGAGAUGGGAACAAUGGGUCCUCCCCAUGGAGCAGCGUGAUCCCUCCGCUCAGAAUGCCGGCCCCGUUCCCUCUACCGGCCAGAACGAAUCUACCGUGCCUCAGAGCCAACUCGACGGAGCUACGAAUGGCUUUGUCCCAAAGUCGGCGUUACCCAACGGUACUGCACCUUCAAAAACAGCACUGUCCUCUGCUGCCCCAGAGUUCUCGCCGUCUAACGGUGUCCACACUGGAACCGAGGUAUCGAAUGUGAGAUCAUCCCCGUACCAAGUUGAUGUCCUUUGA